GGAGAGGCGGUGGGUGCGGUUAGCGGGUCGCGCGCGGAGCGGGGGUGCAGCUCGGUUUCCUCCCAGACACCCCUCCCCCUCCGGAGCGAGCCCCACCCCUCCGCCAGCCAGGCCUACCCCGCCGAACUAUCCCUGCGGCGCGAGCCCGGGGCGGCUCUGGGCGCCCCCAGCAGACCCCCACCCAGCAUGGGCAGCCAGAGCUCUAAGGCUCCCCGGGGCGACGUGAACGCCGAGGAGGCCGCGGGCGCUUCCCCAGCCAAGGCCAAUGGACAGGAGAACGGCCACGUGAAAAGCAAUGGAGACUUGUCCCCCAAGGGUGAAGGGGAAUCGCCCCCCGUGAACGGAACAGAGGAGGCUGCUGGGGCGACUGGCGAUGCCAUCGAGCCAGCACCCCCAACCCAGGGCACUGAGGCCAAGGGGGAGGCCCCUCACAAGGAGACCCCCAAGAAGAAGAAGAAAUUCUCUUUCAAGAAGCCUUUCAAAUUGAGCGGCCUGUCCUUCAAGAGAAAUCGCAAGGAGGGUGGGGGGGACUCCUCGGCCUCCUCCCCCACAGAGGAAGAGCAAGAGCAGGGGGAGACGGGUGCCUGCAGUGACGAGGGCACUGCCCUGGAAGGGAAGGCUGCCACCCCUGAGAGCCAGGAGCCCCAGGCCAAGGGGGCAGAGGCUGGUGUUGCCUCUCAGGGAGGAGACACGGAAGAAGAGCCAGGGCCCCAGGCUGCUGAGCCGUCCACUCCCUCAGGGCCAGAGAGUGGCCCAACAGCGGCCAGCGAGCAGAAUGAGUAGCUGGGUGGGGACAGGUGGGUGAUCUCGAAGCUCCAAGAACUGUGCUGUCCUUGUGAGGUCACUGCCUGGACCUGGUGCCCCAGCUGCCUUCCUGUGCCCAGAAAAGAAGGGGCUGUUGCCCCCUCCCAGCCACGUCCCCUCUCCCUCCUGUGGAUUCUCCCAUCAUCCAUCUGGCCUUCCUCACGGGGCCAGUUGAAGAUGGUCCCUUACAGUUCCCCAAGUUAGGUUAGUGAUGUGAAAUGCCCUCCCUCCUUCCCUGUCCCUACCCCUGCACAAGCAAUUGCUGGUUUUCUUCCCUAAUUCUUAUCCAAUAGGUUUUGUUAAUCCUGCUCCCCAAGUCCCUGAGCCAGAAGUGGGGUGCCUACACUCCAAAACCAGCCUUCCCUCAGUUGAGUUUUUAGUCUCUUGUGCUGUGCCUAGUGGCCCCAGGGCUGGGGAGGACAUUGUCCUGUCUAGGUUUUUAUAAACAUCUUACUCAAGUUCAAACCUCUCAGCUUGUGAAUCCACUUGUGUCUCUUUUUUGACUUGGUGAGCAAGUACUAGGCUUUGGGGUGGGAGAGAGAUGUAAUGUGAAAACAACUCCUUUCCUUUGUUCCCUGCCCCCUCCCUCUUGUUGUAAAUAACUUUUAAUGGCCAACCCCCAGAUUUGUAUCUUCUUUUGUUUUUCUAUUCUAAUUGCUAAAACCACUCUCUUCCACCUGGUCUCACCUGUCACCUUUGUAAAAGGAAUAAAUGUUGUCCCUUA